AUGGCACCUACAGUGGAUGAGGAAGGCUUUCAAAAAGUUGAAAAGAGGAAAAAAGUUAUUGAUGAUGUACCUGCUGCUACAGAAGUGGCCAAUCGGUUUGAUGUGUUGGAAAACCAGGAGAAAGAGAAUUGGUGUUUUACGAAUAAUAAUCCUUGGCUAGACAAAGGGAGAAUAGUAGUAGCAUGGCAGACAAGUUUAUUUGACUUAGAUAUCAGAAUAUGUUCUGCUCAAAUGAUCCAUUGUAUUGCUCAUUCUAUUCAAAGCAAGGACAGGUUUAGUCGUACGAUUGUGUAUGGUUUUAAUGAAGAUAGUAAUAGAGUGCAGCUGUGGGAAGAUUUGAAAGAUAUUUCAGCACAAGUGCAGGGACCGUGGCUACUCGUGGGAGACUUCAACGAUAUCCUGCUCUCAAAUGAAAGAGUUGGAAGGAGACGUACCAAAGCUCCUACCCAAGAAUUUAGAGAUUGUGUGGAUCAUUGUCAACUGGAAGACUUAAAACAUUCUGGGGCCUUCUUUACCUGGAAUAAUAAACAACAGCCGGAAGACAGAGUUUUUUCUAAGAUUGAUCGUGCCUUGGUCAAUUCUACUUGGGUUGAUUCUUUCCAACAUUCUGAGGCAGUUUUCUUACCUGAAGGUAAUUUUGACCAUAGUCUCGUCUUAGUUUCUUUAUACCAAGAUGUGGUGCUUAAGAUUAUCAAUAAGGAAGGUUUCAAUGACCUUCAAAAGAAACAAAUGCUAGCUAAAAAAGUCUUACUGGAAUUGCAGGGCAAAGUCAAUACCGAUCCACUUAACAGUAAACUUUUGCUCGAGGAACAAGCAGCCAGGGAGCAGUAUACUAAAAUUUACAAGGCCUAUUCUCUUUUUUUAGCUCAAAAAGCUAAAAACUCUUGGGCUAAAAAUGGAGAUGACAACACAGCUAUAUUUCAUGCUUCUUUGAGGGCAAGGAGGACCCAAAAUCGAGUCUUUUCUAUUGAAGAUGAACAGGGUAACUGGUGUGAUACACCAGAAAGUGUUCAAAAUGCUUUUUUGCAAUACUUUCAGCAGCUGUUAGGCUCUACAAUGUCUCAAAGAUCUCAGGUGAAUCAAAGCAUUAUUGAUCUUGGCUCAAAGAUCUCGGACAUACACUUAAAUCUUCUCCAAGCAGAUUUCACGGCUCAAGAAGUAAAAGAGGCAAUAUUUUCAAUUCUAGGUAUGAAGUCCCCAGGUCGUGAUGGCUUUGGUAGCAGCUUCUAUCAAGACAAUUGGAAUCUGGUAGGUGCUGAAGUUGAAGCUGCAGUACUUUCUUUCUUGAAUUCAGGGAAACUUCUCAAAGAAAUCAAUGCUACUACUAUCACAAUUAUUCCAAAGAGUAGUUUCCCUCGAAGUGUAAGUGAUUUUCGCCCUAUUUCCUGCUGCAAUGUUAUCUAUAAAGCUGCUUCAAAAAUGAUUUGUUCGAGAUUGCGGAGAAUUCUCCCUAAUUUAAUUGCUGAAAAUCAGGGGGGAUUUGUUCAUGGUACAUAUAUUUCCCACAACAUCAUGGUGUGUCAAGAUUUGGUGAGAUUGUAUGGGCGGAAAAAUUGUAAACCUAGCUGCAUGAUCAAAAUUGACCUAAGGAAAGCAUAUGAUACAAUCGAUUGGAGCUUCAUUGAAGAGAUGUUCAAGGCCUUUGGUUUUCCUCAAAGGUUCACUGAUUUGGUUAUGACUUGCAUACGAACUCCCAAAUUUUCUUUACUCCUUAAUGGAUCUCUUCAUGGAUUCUUUGCAGCAAGGAGAGGUCUUCGACAAGGGGAUCCUAUCUCCCCCUUGUUGUUUGUUCUUAGUAUGGAGUACCUGUCUCGGAUCUUGACCAAGGUAGGGACAUGGCCAGGUUUCAAAUAUCAUGAUAGAUGUGCAACGCUGAAGUUGAAUCACUUAUGCUUUGCGAACGACCUCUUGCUUUUCUGUAAUGGAGACUACAUUUCAAUCCUUUUGAUGUUAAGAGGUUUGAAAUUAUUCUCUAAUACUUCAGGUCUAUUUCCCAAUGCUUCUAAGACUGCGGUCUACUACCAUGGCAUGCCUGCAACAGAAGUGGAACGGGUUCUUGAUGUAUCUGGCUAUACUCGCAGCAACCUUCCCUUCAGGUAUCUCGGUAUCCCAAUUUAUUCUAAGAAAAUUUCUGCUGCUGAAUGUAAAAGUAUUCUAGAGAAAAUGACAAGUAGGGUUCAGCUAUGGAGUACCAGGAACCUCUCUUACAUGGGGAGAGUUACAUUGAUUAACUCAGUAUUAAUUUCAAUACAUUCUUACUGGGCACAGAUCAUGAUUCUACCAAAAAAAUUGCUUAGAGAUGUUGAAGCAAUCUGUAGAGCUUUCCUUUGGAAAGGAACCUCGGAUACUCAUGGCCAUGGCUUAAUUGCUUGGGAAAAUCUUUGUUUAUCAAAAGCUGCAGGUGGCUUAGGCUUUAGAAGAAUUCAUGAUUGGAAUGAGGUUGCCAUAGGGAAAUAUGUUUGGGCUAUUGCCAAGAAAAAAGAUAACCUAUUUGUCAAAUGGAUAAAUAGUGUUUACUUAGUGAACAGAAUCUGGUGGGAUUAUGUUUGUACUAUGGAUUGCAGCUGGUAUUGGAAGCGUAUAGUUGCUGUGAAAGAAAGAUUCAAAGCCAAAAUUUCGCUUGGAUCUUUUUUAUCUCAGAACUAUAGCAUCAAAAAUGGUUUAGAGCUGAUGGUUGUUCCUGAAAUUAAAGUGCUUUGGAGCAAGUUUGUUUGGGAUAGACUUAUUACUCCUAAACAUAGAUUCAUUAUGUGGUUAGUCAUGUGGGAGAGAUUACAUACAAAGAAUCGAAUUGUUAAAUACAAUCCGACUCUUGAUCAGGCCUGUCUGCUUUGUGGGGAAGCAAAUGAAAACAUCGAGCAUCUCUUCUUCAAGUGUAUAUAUAGUAGGAAAUGCCUAACUGCCCUUAAAAGUUGGCUCAACUGGAAUGCUCAGUCAACUAACCUGGUUAGUCUGCUGAAAUGGAUUUCUCAUGCCAAGUUCUCGAGAAUACACAAGAGCAUGUUGCUGUCCAUCCUUGCCGCUACUAUCUAUAAUAUUUGGAGGGUAAGGAAUGAUGUUCUAUGGAACCAGAAGCUUUGGCACAUCAAGCACACAAUGAGUAAGAUUCAAAAUGAGUGUAAAUUGCGAUUAAUUAGUGUAUUACCAUGUAAAGCUUCAAGUAAAGAUAGAGAGUUUCUUUAUAGCUUAUAG